CGAAAGAUGCUUGUCAUACCGAUGAACAAGAUAGCCGGUCUCUGCCUCGUCUUAGUGCUCCUGAGAAACCGACACCACGAGAAUGGGAUACACGCCAUCAUCCACUACAAUAAUGUUUGAUACGUAUACUCAUCGUUUCUGGUUUCAACGGCUUUGUGGAAAUCGAUGCUCUGUAUUAUAUUUUCGAAUUAAAAAUAUUACCAUUAUGUUGACAUCUUCUGAAGGUAAUUGCAGGGUAAUACUGUCACCUUCACUAUUUUAUUCACUGAGAAAGUACGCGUUUACGCUGUAGACACAAACAAUACGAUCAAUAUAUUCUUCUCACAGCCCUCUGUAAAGAGUAUUAUAAGUUUAAUUAAGAGAAACC